AUGAACACUCACCGCUGCUCCCUUCGCCGACGAUCCCGACUGUCGCCACCUUCAGCCACCACCGACGAUUCCAUUGUCCGCCGCCAACGCCAUCGGUCAGCGCCUCCGUCGUCAGCAAGUGCCGCCAGUCAGCGCUUCCCUCCAGCACCGUCGACAGCCCGUUCUCGACCAAACCUCUCGUCGCCGGAAAAACGCGCCUCGCCGCUGUCACCUGCUGCUGCUCCCUUCGACGGCGCUCUACCCCCGCUCUACUCCCCACCUAAUUCCGACCAAACCCCACCCAUCUAUUCGCCGGUAAACCGCUCGACGCCCCCAUUCCCACCCUCGCCGGAAAAUCAUGAAACGGCCAUUCCGCCUCCACAUUCCAUCAAAACUCGAAAAUUCUUGGGCCAUUCUUUACCAAACGCUCCACCACACACCGAUCUACUAUUAAUUUGGGAAAAUCUCAUCGCCGGAAAACCGAGCUUCGCCGCCGGCCGCCGUCUGUCGCCGCCGCCGGCCGCCGUCACCAAUUUUGACCAAAAAUUUAAAAAUUUUUGUUUCUCGCGGGAAUUUCAAAAGAUUCAACCUUGUGGGUCAAAUUCAAGCUUGGGGUGCGGUUUUAGCGGAUUUCUUUUCAGCAAUGUCCCCGAAACAUGGUUCUUGCCUCAAGAGUUGCCAAAUGAUGAUGCUGUAGCAGCGGAUGAUGACAUGCAGGUGGACCCUGACAAUGCUGAUAGCCCAUUCGAGGCUGAAGACCAUUAUGAUCUCCCGAUCCGCCAGUUGCCACCACCUUAUCCAUGUCAAGCCUCCGGGUCACACUCUCAGCCCUCGGGAGAACACUUCCAGCCACAGCAUGAUUAUCACUCAUACCAGAAACACAAUGAGCCCGACCCCGCACACGAGUUUCCUCUAGAUAUUUACAGUCAGCUUGCUUCCUUGCGCCUCCAGGGCAACGCAGCCAUCCACCGCAGUGAGGAACAACAAGCAUGCACCAACACUUACAUGGAGGACCUUUGGUAUCAUUUUCAGCCCGAGGGCGGUUAUCCCCCUCGAGGGCCUCCUCCACCUUGA